AUGGCACUUCCUGCCAAUCCAGCAUCUCCCUCCUCGCCAUUCCACUCGCCUUCUGACUGGUUCACUGAACACACGCAGCGCACCCACAGGAACACGUCGCGUGGCCAGAAACGACGAGCAGAUGACGAUGCAGAUCCUCCUCCCACCAUCUCCGGGGGGUUCAAGAAACUCCGCAUUAGCCCUCCUCGGCCUCCUCGAACGAUAGAUCGAUCGCAUGGGUCGGAUGUAGACCUCAACUAUGCGCAGAAUCGCACCGCCUCGCCAGCGGAGCCUUACCAGCCGCCAACAGUGACUGGCGACCAGGACCACGACCUAGUAGAUCAGCCAAUAUACCAUGAAUCUACACAUCAACUGCACCAUCCAAGGCCGAUCACGCACCGAAAUCAGCUCUUGCCUAAUCAGAACCUAUGCGACACACCUCCCCCCCAGCGUCUGCCCUCCAACAAUGAAGACUUCAUGCCAGUCGACGACCACCCACAUCGUAUCUUCAUUAGCGAUUUGGAUGCAGCCAUAGCGGAGAUUGAGGCAGAAGAGCGUGCCGCCAAGGAGCAGGAACAGGAGCGAGCCUUUUUUCUCCCUGAUGAAGUCGACAAGGAAAUCUCCUCAGCCCAAGACUCGAUCUUGAAGGGCGCCCUGCGCGCCGGCGCGCCCCACGCCGGCCCCAGCCAGGCUCUCGUGCUCUACAGAGAUCCUUUGAGCAUAUCUGUACCGGAAGAAACAGAUGCUGUCCGCAAAGCUGUCCAUGAAGCCCGGCAGCGCAUUCGAGAGCGAGGUCGCCAAUCAAGCGAUAACGAGGACCAAGCUCUAUUGGUUGAACCACCUCCUGUGGCUGAGCAUGAGAUCUUUGGCUACCCGCUAGAUCGACAAUGGGCCGCUUGGCAACACAACAACGAUUCUAUACAUUCUGAGAACCAUGAUCCAGAUGCCAUGGAGGUAGAAUGA